UAAGCUUCUUUUUUUUUAAUCCUUGUUUAGCUAUCUGUUCAAAAACCUUCAAACCCAUCUCCUAUCGCUUUCACAUGCCACAGUUUAUAUUUAGUCAUUAUCAUUUUCAAACAUUGAUGCAGCUCGGCAAUUUAACUUGACCAAGUUUGCCAAAAAGAAAAAAGAAACUCAGGUUAUCUUCAAGAAAAAAUGGAUCUUUCAAGUCCCAAAUGCUUUCAAGCUCAACUUUUGUUUCCAUCUAGUGGGGAACCAGGGGUGGGGACUAAUGCAAGCCUUUAUGGACAAAGCAAUGGUAACCCCUUUGCAGACACAUUUUCAGACCCACUUUGUAAGCUUAAUCUCAAGGAGACAUCUGAGUUUGUCAAGUCAUUUCCAAUGGCGGCUUCAAACACCACCACUACCACCACCACCACAGGUUUAGAUGUUUCAAUGCAAAGGAGGAGAGGGGUGAACUCAGUGACAACACAAAGGAGAGUUUUGGAAACUCCUUGUACACCAGGUAGGCCAGUUUUCAGCUUCAGUGGUAGCAAUCUAGCUAGAAAGAGCUUUCCUUCAAAAUGGGACGAUGCAGAGAAAUGGUUAAUCAGCAGCUCUUGCCAUGAAUCUCCUGCUCAUACCAUUAAGUCACCACUUGAGUCAUCAAAGGUAACUAAACAAUGUGAUAACUUUAAGCAACAAGCUGAAGUAUUUGCUGAGAAAUCAAGGGUCACUGAGGAAAAAAUUACAAAGGUUGUAAAAGGGCCAGUUUCAUUGGAACAUCAUAAUCCAACCAGAGGUUUUAGUGGAAUCCCAGGUUCCACUGAUGUCUUUCUAAAAGAUAAGUUCACGGAUGAGGUAGAACCAAUUUUACCAAAUUUCAGAUGUUCAGAGCCUUCAAGGGAAGGGUUUCUUUUCAGAAACUCAGUGAGCGAAACCAUGACAGAUGCAGGCACUGAAAUGUACCAUGAUGUUAAACAUAAAGAUGUUGGGACAGAGAUGACUCCACUAGGAAGUUCCACAACAUCUAGAUGCCACACACCUUGCAAGAGCUCAUCACCUGCUCGGCAUAACACACCGGCUAAUAGGUCGGGUCCGUUGGCAUCCGGCAAUUCGAAUAGUUCUAAUAGCACUAUCGACAUUUCCCAGCUGCAAGAAUGUCAUCUAGCUAAACUACAGCUAGGGUCUCAAUACGAUUCUAUCACAUCCAAUUGGAGCUCGAGGGAAGAGGAGGAGGAGGAAGUGUCAAAGAGCCUUAGACAUUUCGAAACCGGCAGUGCGUGCCGGAAAAGUGUGUCGGAUUCGAGAACUCCUGCAUGGGAAGAAGAGGAAAGGACUAAAUGUUGCCUGAGGUACCAAAGAGAGGAAGCAAAAAUCCAAGCUUGGGUGAACCUUCAAAAUGCAAAAGCAGAAGCUCAAUCAAGAAAGCUUGAGGUGAAAAUACAAAAAAUGAGAUCAAAGUUAGAAGAGAAAUUAAUGAAACGAAUGGCGGUUGUUCAUAGAAAAGCCGAAGAAUGGAGAGCUUCAGCCCAACAGCAACAUGCUGAGCAAAUGCAAAAGCCAAACAACAUUCUGAUUAGUAACCGAAGUAACUUGCAAUUUUCAGGCAACAUUUCAUGUGGUUGUUUCCCUUGCAAUAACAGCCGCUAAUCCAAUGUCCCAUUGAGUGUAAUCCCAAAACCCCAUUCUUGCAAAGCUUUUUCAUGGAAGAAAAAAUCACACCAGCAAUAUUGUUGUCAACUGUUGCAUGAAAAUGGGAUCAUAUCGGAAAAAUUUUCACCAUUUCUGAUAUAAAAGUAGUACAGAUAUUGUUAUGCUGCCAAUAA